AUGAGGGGGGAGAAUCAGAGCAGUGUGUCCGAGUUCCUCCUCCUGGGGCUCCCCAUCAGACCAGAGCAGCAGAACAUCUUCUUCACCCUGUUCCUGGCCAUGUACCUGACCACGGUGCUGGGGAACCUGCUCAUCAUCCUGCUCAUCAGGCUGGACUCUCACCUCCACACCCCCAUGUACUUCUUCCUCAGCCACUUGGCCUUCUCUGACAUCUCCCUUUCAUCCAUUACAGUUCCCAAAAUGCUGAUGAACAUUCAGGCUCAGCAGCAUUCCAUCUCCUACAAUGGAUGCAUCUCCCAGAUGUAUUUCUUUGUUCUCUUUGGCUGCCUGGACAAUUUCCUUCUUGCAGUGAUGGCCUACGACAGGUAUGUGGCCAUCUGCCAUCCACUGCUCUACAUCACUGCCAUGAGGGAGGAACUAUGUGUCUGCUUAGUUGCUGGGUCUUGGUUCUUCUGUUUUGUCCAUGCGUCGCUUCACACACUCCUCUUGAUCCAGCUGUCCUUCUGUGCCAAUAAUACUGUCCCCAGCUUCUUCUGUGACCUCACUGCCCUCCUGAAGGUGAGCUGCUCAGAUAUUUCCCUCAAUAAGCUAGUCAUCUUCACUGAGGGAGGAUUACUUUUCAUCCUGCCUCUGAGUAGCAUCCUGGGCUCUUAUAUUCUCAUAGGGAGCACUGCCUUGAGGGCCCCUUCCACAAAGAGAUUCUUCAAAACCUUUUCUACCUGUGCCUCCCAUCUCUUUGUGGUGUUUUUAUACUAUGGGACACUUGCUGGUGUUUACUUUUUCUCUUCAUUACAGAAUGACAGUGACAAAGACUUAGUUGCUUCUGUAAUUUAUACGGUAGUCACACCCUUGCUGAACCCUUUUAUCUAUAGCCUGAGGAACAGAGAUAUAAAACAUGCUCUAGAAAUACUAGUCACUAGAGCCCACUCCUUUAAUUGA